GUUGACCGCGGCGCGGGCCCUCGCGGAGCUCCGGGCUCGGGGCGCGACGCGGCCUCGACAGUGUGUUCUCUGAGAUCAGGAAACGAAGAGAGAAAUGGCCAGGAGGUUGCUACCCACUCAGGCUCAGGAGUUGGUGACCUUCUGGGACGUGGCCGUGCUCUUCAGCCAGGACGAGUGGUCGCACCUGGAUGCUGCCCAGAGACGCUUGUACCGGGAGGUGAUGCUGGAGACCCACAGCCACCUGGUCUCACUGGGAUGGGAGAGUUUGUUUGAAACCACAGUUUCCAAAGAAGAGAAUGAGAAAGGCUUGGACAAACUCAUGGCCGACAGUCCUUCUGACUUCAGGUUGGGAAAAACCUGCACGAACGGGGAUAAGUCAGGGAUGCAGCGAGACAAAGAGAACCCCGUUUUCAGCAAAAAAGACCCCGUGAAAGCGAGGAGCUUUAGAGAUACAGAACUUGGGAAACCUUUUGGUCCCCAGUCAUCAUUGAUUAGAAAACCUAGAAUCAUGCCCAGAGGAAGAAAACCGGGUUCCCGGCGCUACUCCGUUCUGUUGGAACACGUGGGAGUGGACGCAGUGCGCAGGCGUUAUAAAUGUGACCUGUGUGGGAAAAUCUUCGUGCACAGCUCUUCUCUGAGCAAACACCAGCGGACCCACAGCGGAGAGAAGCUGUACUCGUGCAAGGAGUGCAGGAAGGCCUUCAGCCAGAGCUCGUCCCUCACGCAGCACCUGCGGGUGCACACUGGCGAGAAGCCAUACAUCUGCCGCGACUGCGGGAAGGCCUUCAGCUUCACCACGUCGCUCAUCGGGCACCGGAGGAUGCACACCGGGGAGAGGCCCUACCGCUGCAAGGAGUGUGGCAAGGCGUUCCGAGGCAGCUCCUCCCUCCACAACCACCGGCGCAUCCACACCGGAGAGAGGCCCUACAAGUGUCACGAGUGUGGGAGAGCCUUCGGCCAGUGCUCAUCCCUCAUCCAGCAUCACCGGAUUCACACCGGGGAGAGACCGUACGAGUGCAGCCAGUGCGGGAAGGCCUUCACCUCCGUGUCCCGGCUCAGCCGACACCAUCGGAUCCACACUGGAGAGAAGCCCUUCCACUGCGGCGAGUGCGGCAAGGUGUUCAGCUACCACUCGGCCCUCAUUAUCCAUCGGCGAAUUCACACUGGCGAGAAGCCGUACGCGUGCAAAGACUGUGGGAAAGCCUUCAGCCAGAGCUCAGCGCUCAUCCAACAUCAGAGAAUCCACACGGGGGAGAAGCCCUACAAAUGCGACGAGUGUGGAAAGGCCUUCUCCUGGGUCUCCAGGCUCAAUAUCCAUCACAGGAUUCACACGGGGGAGAAGCCGUAUCACUGUAAGGACUGCGGGAAAGCUUUCAGCUCCCACUCCGCGGUGAACAGCCACCGCAAAACCCACAGCGGCGAGAAACCCUAUAAAUGCAACGACUGUGAAAAGGGCUUCAAGCAAAGCUCAGCCCUCGUCCAGCACCAGCGCAUCCAUACCGGAGAGAAACCGUUCAGCUGCCAAGUGUGUGGGAAAGCUUUCAGGCAGAGUUCCUCCCUCAUGACCCACACGAGGAUUCACACGGGAGAAAAGCCUUACAAGUGCGGCGAGUGUGGGAAGGCAUUCAGUCAGAGCUCCUCUCUCACUAACCAUCAGAGGACUCAUAAUUGAGGAGACCAUAGCCACACGUGUGGGAGAGCUUCCAGACGCCUGGAACUAUCACAGAGAUCGGGCUGGAGAGAAAGAGGACAGUUCUCUGAAGUUAGAUUCAUCACGCAUCUCCCCAUCCAGGCCAACUUUGGGUAUAUCAGGCUAGCUUUGGUAAAACACUUCUUUAGAGUUUUGGUGGUUGUCUUUUAUACAUAUAUAUUAUCAGUACUGGGGCUUGAACUCAGGGCCUCAUACACUUG